CGUGCGACUGUCAGGCACCUCCUAGCUUUUCUUCCCCAUGCUUUUUUUUUUUUUACAUAAAAUAUUUUUCCGGCUCGUUUUUUUUUAAUAUCCCUACUGCGAAAAAAAAUAUCCCCACUACGAUCCCCUCUUGAAUUCUCAAUUCCACCGACACUAUCGGGCUUUUCUUAUUCCCCACUAUACUUCAGAUCUUCACCGACAGGUAUUCCGGUUCAGGAUUCAUAAGUCGGAUCUGGUUUGAUUGCUAUACUUCGUAUUGCUUCUUCUCAGGUUUUUCAUUUGUGAAAAAGACGAACAGUCAAUAGUUUCAAAAUUAUCAAUCAAGAAGGAUUUCGUGAGUAAGCUCAUCUAGUAUUCUAGUAAUGAGACUGUUUGAGUAUCUGUAAGAACAGGAGGCAAAGGGUGAAGCUUUUGUUGUGGAUACUAAAGCAAACCUAAUUAAAAGAUGAGAGGGAGAUCCGAAGGAGGGCAGAAAAAGCGGUUGCUACCUUGUGUAGCUGUUAUUGGGAUUUUCCUUGUUUUCCUUUAUGUGUUCUUUGGCUCUAAGAGCAGUGGUGAAUCUGCUCUAGAGUAUGGCAGCCGGUCUUUGAGGAAACUAGGGUCUUCUUACUUGGGUGGAGAUGAUGAAGGUGAUACAAAGCAAGAUGAAAAAUUUGGGCUGGAUGAUGGAAAUGAUGGUUUUUUUCUGAAAAGCUUUCCUGUUUGUGAUGAUCGGCAUUCAGAACUAAUUCCCUGUCUAGACAGACAUCUCAUAUACCAAAUGAGAUUGAAGUUGGACUUGUCAUUGAUGGAGCACUAUGAAAGACACUGUCCUCCACCAGAAAGACGGUUCAAUUGCAUGAUUUCUCCCCCUCCUGGAUACAAGGUACCUAUUAAGUGGCCUAAGAGUAGAGAUGAGGUCUGGAAAGCAAACAUACCACAUACCCACCUUGCUCAUGAGAAAUCAGAUCAGAAUUGGAUGGUUGUCAAGGGUGAAAAGAUUAUAUUUCCAGGAGGAGGCACUCAUUUCCACUAUGGGGCAGACAAAUACAUUGCUUCAAUUGCAAAUAUGUUGAACUUUUCGAAUAAUGUCUUGAACAAUGAGGGGAAUGUACGCACAGUUCUUGAUGUGGGUUGUGGUGUUGCUAGCUUUGGAGGCUAUCUUCUUUCAUCUGAUAUAAUUGCAAUGUCCUUGGCACCAAAUGAUGUGCAUCAGAAUCAGAUCCAGUUUGCCUUAGAAAGAGGAAUUCCUGCAUAUCUUGGUGUUCUUGGAACAAAGAGACUACCUUAUCCAAGCCGUUCAUUUGAGUUUGCGCAUUGUUCUCGUUGUAGGAUUGACUGGCUGCAAAGGGAUGGGAUCCUUCUUCUCGAGUUAGAUAGAGUUCUUAGACCCGGAGGAUAUUUUGCCUACUCGUCUCCCGAAGCAUAUGCACAGGAUGAAGAUGAUCUUAGAAUAUGGAGACAAAUGAGUGCACUUGUCGAACGUAUGUGCUGGAAGAUAGCUGAAAAAAGGAACCAAACGGUCAUUUGGGUUAAACCUCUAACUAAUGACUGUUACAAAGAAAGAGAACCAAAUACUCAGCCACCUCUCUGUCGGUCUGAUGAUGAUCCAGAUGCAGUGUGGGGUGUUCCAAUGGAGGCAUGCAUAACACCUUAUUCUGAUCAUGACCACAAAACCAAGGGAAGUGGAUUGGCACCUUGGCCAGCUCGAUUGACCACACCUCCUCCUCGACUUGCUGAUUUUGGAUAUUCAAAUGAAAUGUUCCAAAAGGAUAUGGAACUGUGGCGCCGGAGAGUUGAUGGUUACUUCAGGAUUCUGAGUCCCAAAAUUUCAUCAGACACCAUAAGGAAUAUUAUGGACAUGAAGGCAAACUUGGGUUCGUUUGCAGCUGCUCUCAAGGACAAGGAUGUAUGGGUAAUGAAUGUUGUACCCGAAGAUGGACCCAACACACUCAAAAUCGUAUAUGACCGAGGCCUCAUCGGCACAAUUCACAAUUGGUGUGAAGCCUUUUCCACGUAUCCUAGAACCUACGAUUUGCUCCAUGCAUGGACUGUAUUUUCUGACCUUGAGAGGAAAGGUUGUAGCGGCGAGGAUCUGUUGCUUGAGAUGGAUCGCAUCCUAAGGCCAACCGGUUUCGUUAUCAUCCACGAUAAACAGCACGUCAUUGACUUUGUCAAGAAGUAUCUGCAAGCACUGCACUGGGAAGCUGUUGGCAAGUCAACUUCAGAUCCGGAUUCAGAAGGAGAUGAUGUCGUGUUCGUCGUUCAAAAGAAGCUAUGGCUCACAAGUGAAAGCAUCAGAACUACAGAUUAGAAAUUUCAUCUUAAUCUUUUCCCCAACUCAUUUUUUCUUUUCUUUUCUUUUCUAAAUCCUACCUUCUGGAGUUUAAGCGUGCUUCAACUCCAGGAGAGAGAUAUCAUUUAUGUUUGGCUCCCUACGUUGUCUAUUUCUCAGUUUAUUUUUUACCCAUCUCUUUUUAAACUCAGAUUCCCAUUUUACUCUCAUGUUUUGGUCAAGUGAUAACACGAAUCUUACAGACAAGUUUCAUUUUGUGAAGCCAUUAAUUGAUCUCUGGGUUUUUUUUAUACAGUCAAGUAGUGUCUUUU